AUGAUCGCGGGUGAGUACCCUAAGCACCCAGCCCAUGGUCUUGAAAUUGAACCGAGCGACAGAGAUAGACGUAAUGGAGACGGCGGAACGAACCCUGGCAACAACUUGCACGUCUCGGGUCUGAGCAACCGUGUUGACACGCGCGACCUCGAGGCGGCGUUCGCGAAAAUUGGCAGGGUUAAGAAGGCUUCAGUAAUGUACGACCCGCACUCGCGCGAGUCUCGCGGCUUCGGGUUCGUGACGAUGGAGACCGCCGAGGAAGCUGACGCAGCGAUUACCGCGCUCAACGCGACCGACCUUAUGGGUAAGAACAUGAAUGUCGAAAAGGUGAGCCGCGCCGCUCCUGCUCUCCACCUAUCGUCACCCUUGUUGACGUUAUACACAGGCUCGUCGUGCUAG